AUGAAGCAGUGUGCGCUGCCCGGGAGCAUGGUGUGGCCCCGGCACGGCUGCCAGCUGGAGCUGCGCAGGGGGUGGGAAGCAGGCUGGCUGUACAGCCCGUGGGCUCCCUCCAGCAAGUCACUUGCUGAAGGGAACAGCAGCGGGCAAUCGGUGAAGAGUGAAGGCCCCAAACUGGUGCCCUUCUUUAAAGCCACUUGUGUCUAUUUUGUCCUCUGGCUGCCAACUUCCAGCCCCUCCUGGUUCAGUGCCCUCAUCAAAUGUCUGCCCAUCUUCUGCCUGUGGGUCUUCCUUCUGGCUCAUGGAAUUAACUUCUUAGUGUCACAUCGGAGCGCCAGCCGCAUCCUAGCGGGACUCAUAUUCUCGGCAGUGGGAGAUGCCUUUCUCAUCUGGCAGGAGCAGGGCUACUUCAUUCAUGGUCUGCUGAUGUUCGCCAUCACACACAUCCUAUACUCUUCAGCCUUUGGCAUGAAGCCUUUGGACCUCAAAGCCGGCUUGUUGAUGGGCCUUGUUUGCAGCUCCUGUUAUGCCUUCCUGUACUCCUACCUCUCAGGCCCAUUCACCUACCUGGUAGCUGUCUACAUCGCCUUGAUUGGCUUCAUGGGCUGGCGAGCGGUCGCCGGCAUGCAGCUGUGCAACGACCUCUGGACAUGGACCAAGCUCUCGGCCUGCAUCGGCGCGAUGCUGUUCAUGGUGUCGGAUCUGACCAUUGCACUUAACGAGUUCUGCUUUCCUGUGCCCUACUCGCGCUUCAUCAUCAUGGCUACUUACUAUGCAGCCCAAAUGCUCAUUGCACUGUCAGCUGUAGAGAGCAGAGAUGAAGAGGACUUCAGAAAGAGAAGCUAG